AUGGGGAAGAUCACACGAGUAAGGACAGGUUGCUGGACCUGCAAAAAGAGACACAGAAAAUGCGACGAAGGAAAACCAUACUGUAACAAUUGUUUGAAGACAAAUAGAAAAUGCGAAGGCUAUGGUAUUCGACUAUCGUUUGACGUAGAUGAUUCUCGAAAUUGGAGUAAGAAGGACAAAUCUAGGAUUGCUUUUAUCGGAAAGCCGCGAGUUAAUAUGGCAAUUCAAGCCUCACAGUCGGGAACAGCUCAGCCAACUGCUGAUCCAAUUGCGGAUACUCCUACUUCUAGUACACUGAUUAACAGUGCUACCUCUUCUAUGAACUAUUCUGAAUCAAUAAGAGAUGAAUUAACUUCUAGAGGAACACCUUCGCCAAUUCUCUCUUUCAAUGCGAAGUCCAGGUCUUCGAGCUCGAAUCUCGAACAAUUCAGCUCUGAGCUUUUUGAAGAUUUAGAGUUGCUUCUUAAUGCUCCAGACGUUGCCAAUUUUGUGAAUGCAAAUUCUAGGAUACAUACACCCAACCCAAUUUCGUUUUCAAGCAGCCAUUCAGUAAAUGAAGGAAAUAUGAACAUAAAUAAUGAAAUGAUCGAUUUCAUGGACAAAUCAAACGAAUUCUCUAGAGAUAUCAUCACAAGCAAUCGAGAGGGCAAUGAAGCUAGAGAUGACUAUUCUCUAACUUAUCAAGAGGAGAACAUGAUGUUGAAGCAUUUCUUUAAAAAGCUUUUGCCAUUGCUCGAUGCUCAUCCUAACUCUCCUUGGCCGGAUCUAGCAUUAAAGUAUUGUGAUUUCGAUAUCGCAAGAAGUUGCUUCAUAUCGUUAGCGUGCAUCCACAUGUAUGAAAGUAGAAAGGGAGGAAGUGAGUAUUAUCGCAAAGGUAUGGCUCAUAUCAAUAAUACAAUGGAUCACUUGAUCCGAUACAUUGGUACUAAUAGGGAGUCAGUUGAUGGUUCGCAGACGGACAAUAAGAAAAAGCAAAUAAGUUCUUUUGUAAUACUAGUCUUGAUUAAUGUUCAUAUUUUGUUUGCUGUCCUUGAGAAAGGGAAGAGUUCCUUGGCAAGAUUUUUUUACAAGGUAUUUGCAUCAAUUUGCCAAGACGCUGGAUUUUAUAGGGUGCUUAUGGAUAACGAAAAAAAGAGAUCACUAGUGGUCGUUCUCUCCUGGUAUGAUACUGUGAGUGCAAUUGUCAGUCCCGACUGCCGGUUACCAUAUUGCUCUCCGACGUGGUAUGGAACGUCUUAUGACAUUAUAUCAACUUCCAAAAUGAUGGGAUGCCCCGGGGAGAUUUUCAGAGCCAUGUCUAAGAAAUGGGACUGA